UUUUGCAUUAUCGCAUUUACGUUUCUAGAAAAGCCCAAGAUCAAGUUAAAAGGAAAAAAUAUCGAUGCUUACGCACGCAUCGUGGUAACCAUCAAUAAGCAAAAUAAGAACACGAACAAAGCCGGGGAGGAGGGCACAUAUAUUAUAUCAAGGAUCCCUGAUAUAAGUUCGGGUUUACAAAACUGAUACAUAGCUGUCUCCAAUACAGUUUUCCAAUAGACUUUGUAGUGAAAACAUGUGCUUUAAACAUCAUAGUGGCAUUCUGUUCUUUUUUCUUUUCAACAUGAGUUAAUAUAAUUAAAAUAAUUGUGGAUAGUUAUUAUUUAUACGUAUUUUAAGAAAUAUCUAUUUUAUUUCAAAAGAAAAGAAAUAUUUAUGAGAUCCUAUUUAAUUAUCAUGUGUUGUAGAAUUUAAAAACGAUAAAAUUAUGUAUAUGUCUACUGAUCAUUGGAAAGAUAGAAAUACGCACCAUGAUAGCGGAUCGGAAAGUACACCAUUACUUUCCUCAGAUUCUCAUUGUAGUCAUGGAUCGGUUAUAUUUCAAAAUUCUGAAACAAGUGAUUUAGAAUUUAAAUAUGAAAGUAUAGAAGCUGGUAGCUUAAAUUCAACGGCUACUGUACUUCCAAAAAGAUUAUCUUCUGUUUUACAAGACAAUACAUCUACAGCAAAUAUAUAUUGUCCUUUUACUGAAGAAAAAUGUUAUGGAAUACACGACUGUAGUUUGAUAAAGAACAAAAACUAUGACAAGAGUUAUGAACAAUCAUUGUCAAAGGAAUUUAAUAGAGAAUAUCUAUCAAGCAACUUUACAAUACGACAAGAAAGUAUCGAGAUUUCAGAUAAAGAUAUUAGGCCGAAACAAAGUUCUCUAGUCACAAUUUUCUCAGUAUGGAACACGAUAUUGGGCUCAUCUUUGCUUACUAUGCCAUGGGGUAUUCAAAUGGCAGGUUUUUUUCCUGGAAUUAUCCUUGUAUUAGCAAUGGGUGGUUUGUGUCUUUACACUGCUUAUCGUUUAAUAAUCGUACACCAAUACCAUGGUUCACAAGAGAAAAUCGAAGUUGUACAGUUAAGUCGAAUAUAUCUCAAUAAAUGGGUAGAAUACAUAGCAAGGAUCUUUAGUAUUUCCGUUUUGUUAGGUGCAACAAUAGCCUACUGGAUAUUGAUGUCCAAUUUUUUAUAUAAUUCAGUUAAUUUUUUUUAUGAUAAUAUCAUGGGACUGCCUACUUACUCUAUAACUGAUAAUAGCACAGAUACUGCAGAAGUUUUGUGUACAAGAAAAGAAAUAUAUAAUGGCAGUGAUAUAAUAAUGGCACAAGAACGUACAUUCGAUGCUUUAGGUCCAGCAUGGGAUUUACAUAAAACAGUACCUGCAUUUUUAGCUAUAAUAAUAUUUCCAUUACUUAACUUCAAUAGCACUACAUUUUUCACGAAAUUCAAUUCUCUUGGAACUGUUUCGAUUAUAUACAUAAUUAUAUUCGUUUUAAUAAAAUCUGCGUCAUGGGGUCUACAUAUGGAUAAAGCAAUGUGGGAAAUUAGUUGGGUAUUGAAGCCUACAUUCCCAGCAUUGUCUGGUAUGCUAGCAUUAUCAUUUUUCAUUCACAAUAUUAUAAUCACUAUAAUGCAGAGUAAUCGUGAUCAGUCUAAAAAUGGAAGAGACUUAACAAUAGCGUAUGCUCUUGUUACAAUAACUUAUAUUAUAGUAGGUGUAGCAUUUUUUGUGUGCUUUCCUCUUGCCAAAUCAUGUAUUCAAGAUAACUUAUUAAAUAAUUUUCAAAAAUGGGAUGUUUUAACAGUAGGUGCUCGUAUAGUAUUACUAUUUCAACUAUUAACAGUUUACCCAUUACUCACAUACAUGUUAAGAAUUCAAUUAAUUUCAUCGAUAUGUAAAACAUCUACCAUAUAUAGCACAUUAAUAACCAAUUUUAUUUUGGUUUCAAUCUGUAUAUUAUUUGCAACAUUUCUACCAUACAUUGGAACUAUCAUAAGAUAUACCGGUGCUUUAAGUGGCUUAAUUUACGUAUUUACUUUACCAUGUUUACUUCAUUUAUCUUUUUUGCGAAAGCAGGGAAAAUUGACUACGAUUUCAACAAUUGUACAUUUAAUUAUACCAAUUAUUGGUAUAUUAAACCUUAUAGCUCAAUUUUUUAUAGUUGAUCAUUGAUAUUAAAUGUAAUGUCUUGACAAAAUUAUUACUAUAAAUUCAUAUUUAAUUUUAUAUAAUAAAACGCAUCAAUUUUGUUAGA